CUGCGAGUCACAGAGAUGGAGAUGAGGAGGUGCUCAGUUACCACUCACCGUUCAUCGCUACGCGUUAACGCGUUCGAUCCUUGUAGCUGUCGCCACGGCUUUCCUGCUUAUAAACCCACUCCAUCCUCCUCCUCCUUUCCUCGUCCGACGCUGAGAAUGAUGAGGCUGGUCUGUGGAGUUUUGGUGUUCUUGGCCGCAGCCUUCGUCGCCGGAGCUGACGACCCCUAUCGAUUCUUCACCUGGACUGUGACGUAUGGGCCUAUCUAUCCUCUUGGAGUUCAGCAGCAGGGAAUCCUCAUCAAUGGCCAGUUCCCUGGACCUCGCCUCGACUGCGUCACCAACGACAACAUCGUCAUCGACGUGAUCAACAAGCUCGACGAGCCACUGCUCUUGACAUGGAACGGGAUCAAACAGAGGAAGAACUCUUGGCAAGAUGGAGUGCUGGGGACCAACUGCCCCAUCCUCCCCAGUGGCAACUUCACGUACAAGUUCCAGACCAAGGACCAGAUUGGUGGGUUCACCUACUUCCCCUCCACCGGCAUGCAGAGGGCGGCGGGUGGUUUCGGCUCCCUCAAUGUGUACCAGAGGCCGCAGAUCCCGGUGCCGUACGCGAAGCCCGCCGAUGAUUUCAGCUUGCUCGUCGGCGACUGGUACAGGGCCAGCCAUAAGGUGUUGCAGAAAGCUCUGGAUUCAGGAAGCUCGUUGCCUUUCCCAGAUGAUCUUCUCAUCAAUGGACAAAAGUACACUGCCUUUGCCGGAGAUCAAGGGAAGACUUACCUCUUCAGGAUCUCGAAUGUGGGCAUGACGACCUCUAUCAACUUCAGGAUCCAAGGCCACAAGAUGAAGCUUGUGGAAGUAGAAGGAUCGCACACUCUUCAGAACAUCUACGAUUCCCUCGACAUCCAUGUCGGUCAAUCCUUGUCCGUGCUGGUCACGCUUGAUCAGGCUCCCAAGGACUACUACAUCGUCGCCUCCACCCGGUUCACCCGGAAGGUCCUGACCGCGACCGCCGUCCUCCAUUACGGCAAUUCUAACUCCCCUGUUUCCGGUCCGAUCCCCGGCGGUCCGGCCUACGGGCUGCAUUGGUCCAUGAAGCAAGCUAGAACAUUCAGGUGGAAUCUGACAGCAAGCGCAGCCAGGCCGAAUCCGCAAGGUUCGUACCACUACGGCAAGAUAACCAGGUCGAGAUCGAUCAUGUUGGCCAAUUCAGCAGCCGUGAUCGGUGGGAAGCAGCGCUAUGCUAUCAAUGGCGUCUCCUUCGUGGUGCCCGGUACGCCCUUAAAGCUCGCCGACGACUUCAACAUCGCCGGGGUCUUCACUUGGGACAGCCUUCCGAUUCCGCCGGCCGGAGGUUCCCCUGUUCUUAGCACGCCGGUGGUCCGGUUCAACCUCCAUGAUUUCGUCGAGAUCAUCUUCCAGAACACCGAGAACACCAUGCAGACAUGGCAUCUCGAUGGCUACGACUUCUGGGUCGUCGGAUAUGGCUCCGGAAAAUGGACAGAGCGUCUCCGAAGACGGUACAAUCUAGUGGACGCUGUCACCAGACACACUGUGCAGGUUUAUCCAAAUGGAUGGUCUGCGAUCUUGGUGUCAUUGGACAACCAAGGAAUGUGGAACCUGAGGUCUGCAAUGUGGGCAAGACAGUACUUGGGGCAGCAGUUCUACAUCAGAGUGUGGACUCCGGAGAAAAGCUACGCCAAUGAGUAUGACAUGCCUGCAAAUGCCUUGCGGUGUGGGAAGGCUGUUGCCCUUCGCUAGUGGUCGGAACAAUAAUAUCCUUCGUUCAACCUCUUGAAUCUUGUGUCACGAGAGGGUGGCUGCAAAGCAACAGAGAUCAAUAAUGAGAGAGUGCAAGAAACCAUCUUUUUUACUGUGUCACUUUGUAUCUCCAUUUGUUUUCUUACGUGUAUCAACAGAUCAAUUCCAUGGUGAUUUCGCAAAUUGAAAAGA